UGUGGACAUGGAGCUCUACACCGGCUUACAGAGGCUGACUAUAACGAGGAGCAACCUGCAUACCAUCCAGGCUCGUGUUUUCUCCAAGAACCCCCACCUGCGCUACAUAAACCUGUCCAAGAACCCCACGUUGACCACUUUGUCCUGGCAGAUCUUUGAACAUCUGCAGCUCUUCGAACUUCAUUUAGAGGAGGUGGUGUUCGACUGCGGCUGUGAGAUUCGCUGGCUGCAGCUAUGGCAACAGAGAGGAGAGGCGGGGCUGAGCAGCCAACAGUUGUACUGUGCUGACGGCGACAUCAAGAUACUGCUGCAGGACAUGAACAUUAGCAGUUGUGACCUGCCAGACAUCAGCGUCAGCCACAGCAACCUCACCGUUGUUGAGGGUGACCGAGUGACGGCCAUCUGUAACGGCUCCGGAUCCCCGUUACCCGAGGUGGACUGGCCCGUGAAUGGCUUGCACUCCAUCAAUGCACAAGAGGCCAGAGUCUAUGACAACACCAUCCACUCCAUCAACAUAACGCUGGUCAACGUGAGCCGAGAAGACAACAACUUCCUGCUGACCUGCACCGCCACCAACAUCGUGGGCAUGACCAAUGCUUCCGUCCAGCUAAAUGUUCACUUUCCUCCCUCCAUCGUGAAGCUGAAGGAGCCCGAACGCCGCCAUGACACCUGCAUAGAGUUCACCGUUCGAGGGUCGCCCCACCCGACCUUGCAGUGGUUCUACAGGGACAAGGAAAUAUCCCACACUGAGUAUGUGCGUCCUGAUAUGGAUAUUUAUCAAGACUACAUAGAGGGCUGCCUGACCUUUAAGAACCCAACGCACCACAACAACGGCAACUACACUCUGACGGCCAGCAACUAUCUGGGAGUGGCCACCAGUACCGUGUACGGGCACUUCCUGGACAAACCGUUUGCUGAGGCAGACAAUGACUAUGAUUAUGUAACCCCGACAGCAGAGACUCACAAACCUGAGGAAGAUACUUUUGGGGUCUCCAUAGCAGUAGGCCUGGCAGGGUUUGCCUGUGUGAUGCUGGUCGUUCUCUUCCUUCUCAUCAACAAAUACGGUCGACGCUCCAAGUUUGGCAUGAAAGGGCCGGUAGCAGUGAUAAGUGGUGAGGAAGACUCCGCCAGCCCCCUUCAUCAUGUGAAUCAUGGGAUUAUCAGCCCCUGUUCAAUGGAUGCCGGGCCGGAUGCCGUGGUGAUCGGAAUGACCAGGAUCCCUGUCAUUGAGAACCCACAGUACUUCAGACAUGGACACAACUGUAACAAACCCGCCACGUAUGUUCAGCAUAUUAAGCGGAGGGACAUUAUUCUGAAGAGGGAGCUGGGAGAAGGAGCCUUCGGCAAGGUCUUCCUGGCUGAAUGUUACAACCUGAGCCCCACCAAGGACAAGAUGCUAGUAGCUGUGAAGACACUGAAGGACCCCACUCUUGCAGCCAGGAAGGAUUUCCAGCGCGAGGCCGAGUUGCUGACCAACCUGCAGCACGAGCACAUCGUGAAGUUCUACGGGGUGUGCGUGGACGGAGACCCUCUCAUCAUGGUCUUUGAGUACAUGAAGCAUGGCGAUCUCAAUAAGUUUCUCAGAGCCCACGGUCCAGACGCCUUGAUCCUGGUGGAUGGACAGCCUCUGCAGACCAACGGGGAGCUGGGUCUGUCCCAGAUGCUUCACAUAGCCAGUCAGAUCGCAGGUGGGAUGAUCUACUUGGCGUCUCAACACUUUGUGCACCGCGAUCUGGCAACCAGGAACUGUCUGGUGGGGAAUGGACUUCUGGUGAAGAUAGGAGACUUUGGCAUGUCCAGAGACAUUUACAGCACAGAUUAUUACCGGGUGGGAGGUCACACCAUGCUGCCUAUCCGCUGGAUGCCUCCGGAGAGCAUCAUGUACAGGAAGUUCACCACAGAGAGUGACGUGUGGAGCUUCGGAGUCAUCCUGUGGGAGAUCUUCACGUACGGCAAACAGCCGUGGUUCCAGCUCGCCAAUAAUGAGGUGAUAGAGUGCAUCACUCAGGGGAGGGUACUGGAGCGCCCCAGGCUCUGUCCCAAAGAAGUCUACGAUAUGAUGCUGGGCUGUUGGCAGAGGGAGCCACAACAGCGCCUCAACAUCAAAGACAUUCAGAAGUUGCUGUUCACUAUGAUGAAAGCCGCGCCGGUCUAUCUGGACAUACUGGGAUAGGAAUGGAUA